AUGAAGUCGUUGUUAGUGUGGCUGAGCAGAUGCACUUAUUGCUUGUUGUAUUUGGUGCUUGGCCUGAAGAUGAUCGAUAAACAAGAAAAAGCUGCUUGUGUGCAUACGUCCAAUCCGAUAAGAGAGCAGUCUCCUGGCCGAACGAUCUUUUCGAUCUUGGCUAAAAGCAAAACGGGAAAGGUGUUCGAAUUCCUUUCCGCACCCAUUCAGGUCAUUAUGGUGUAUGUAACCUCUAAGGUACAGGAGAUAUUGCAUGAUGAACAUGCCUUUGCAAAAAUAAAAAACGAAAAAAAUGCCAAAACAUUUCACGCCCAAUUUCCUGCCACAUGCAGCUUCCCCGCUUCACCCAACGCCCUGCCAAGAUUCAUAAAUGAACGCCGCAGUCUACGCAAAUUGCUAGCUGACAAUUUUCUUUCAUUUGGCUAUCAAAUCUGCGAGGAUUUCUGGCUAUUUCCCUUAGUGAUCUACUUUCGAGGGAAUGCAUCCUUCCAAUCAAUCUCCAAGGAUGGUAUAAGAUCUCAGAUGGCUGGCGGUUAUGAUUCUGAGAAUAUACGGUGUGCGUCGCCUCUCACUUUCCUAUUUUCAAUCCUUGAGUCACUCAUUGAAACUUCCCAGUUCAUGUUUCGGGACCAGGCAGACACACAAGUAAGUUUCUCAGCUUUUCGUUCAUUCCUAUUCCUCCAUGCAUUCUUCUCUAAACCCCUAACCCCUACGGAACUUCGAGAACUAGCUCUACCAACACAAUCUCACCCGCUUCUAGUGGGUGGUAACAUUAGCGAAAUAACCUCCUGGACCCUAACCUCCCUCUCGUAUGGCAUCCUCGGCUCUCUCCCUGCAAACUCCACCUCUUUUCUCCAAUACCUCUGCACCAACUUCUCCUCCCUAACUUCCCGCUACGUCGACGCAUUUCCUAUUACUAAUGGUGAUAUCACCGCCUUCGCGAAAUCCGCAAUUUGCGAUGCCGCCGCCAACCCCUCCACCUCCCCCGUUGUACCGGAGAAAGUAGGCGGAAAUGCCUGGUACCUAAAAUCCUACCUCGCAGGCAUCUUCACUAUCCAAACCUACCAUGGCUAUCUAAAAAACUCCACAUAUAUGGCAACGAUGUGUUACUACCUGGAGGAAACCCUCCUCAACGGUCUCUGGCUCCCAAACUACGACAUCGAGCCCGGAAGCGGCGUUGAUGUUGAAGGCAGCUUUUGCGCGAGUGCGGGUUAUUAUGACCGUGGUCCGGGGUUUACAUACACGAAUGCCACAGUUGGGACAGAAGUGCAUGAAAAGGCAACGAGCCUUGUUAGCGAGUUUCUGGCAAGAGUAUUAGUGGUUGUGUUGAAGGAUGAGGAGUGGGUGAGAUGGGUGUGUGAGGGGAAGAGGGCAAUGGGGUUGGAUGAGGGGGUUGCGAGGGGGGUGGUGUGUGGUGAGAAAGAACAGGUGGUAGUGGGUGUUGAGGAGGCAAGGAGGGGGUUGUGGGAGGUGAUGGGCAGGUUGUUUGAGUUUCAACUGUUUCAUGCAGGGAAUGAGAGAACGUACAUGCAGUAUUUGUGUGAGAAUCUGAAGGAGGUGGAUUUAGGGAAGGUGGGGCUAGACGGGGUGAAGAUUCGAAGAGAUGCUUGCGCUGCUUGGGGAGGUAGCGGUAGUGGGCGAAAUUCUGAAAAUGUAUCUAUGAAGAAGUACACCCAAGCGAAAGUUUUGGGAUUUGGCAUUGCCGCUGCCCUUUUGCUUAGAGUCCAGGAGCUAUACGAGAGCGGAAAUGCUACUUUCCCAUCCAACGGUUAUUAA